AUGGCCGCCUUUCGUGGUCUUAUGAGACUUGCAGCACUAUUGCUUUCCUUGAGCUUGGCAAGAGCUCUUCCAAUCGAUCCAGAAGAACAUGUGUCUUCUUCUGGGCUCUUCAGCCCCACUCGAAACCUCAGCGAAGCUGCAAAGUAUAUGGCUUGGGGUGCUCAGAGGGGCUGUGGACGAUGCUUCUUUUACCUUGGAGCUAUGUUGGCAUUGGGUGAACCAGAGACCAACAUCUCGGCCCGCUUCAAAGUUCUACAAGAUGGCAACAUCGAAUUCCGGUGGGCCCGUGGCUUAUCCCGGGCCGAAGGCUUGCCUCCAUCUAUUUCCACGCUGGACCGGCCGGCCAUAGCCUACUAUGUGGGUGCAGAGAAGGGAGAUCCAUUGGCUGUGCUGGCGUUCUCGUACUACGUUCUGAACCGCAUCACUUUGGGCUCUCCGGGAGCUGCCUGGUGGACCACCACUCAGCACUCGCCUGCGUCAGCUCUGCGCAGGAAGCCCUGGAGGGAGGAGGCCACACCAGCGCUUUGCCAGCGGAUCCUUCGCACUUUGGAGAAUGUGGCGGACACAGCAGCGCGGAACGAGGACAACGCACUAGACUUCAGUGAUCUGAACUUUUACGUGCAGAAUGCCACAGAGGUGAAACGCGCUAAGAAGGAGCAUGCUGAUUGGAUAAGGGCACAUUCCAAAGAUGGUGACAAGCAGGCGGAGGUGGUUGAGGCAAUGUAUCUUUUCCACGGCGAUGCGGAUUUGAACCUGUCCCGCAACGUCUCACGUGCCCUGGAGCUCUUUGAGGCCUCAGCCCGUAUCACGGCCGAAGCCGCCUGGAAUUCGAUGUUGUUGCACGCACGAGGAGGGCAUGACUCAAAAAUUGUCCACCAUGCCCAAAACAUCAUCCAGGAUCCAGAGGCCACGCCCCUGCAAAAGACCAUGUCUCAGCAUUACCUCCACCGCUUCGGAGCAGACGACACCCUCCAAAACAGUACGCGUGCCGGCGUCUAUUUGUUGGCAGCAGCCGAGCUUGGAGAUUCGAAUGCACAGCAAAUGAUUGCUCAUGCUUAUGCAGGGCUCGACCUUCCAGAGCUGAACAAUGUGAAAGUGCCAGGCACUCCCAAUGCCAAACGUGCCCUACACUUUUACAUGAAAGCUGCCAAGCAAGGACGGCCAGUGUCAGCCGUGAAUGCUGUGUCUCUCAUGUUGCGGCAAGGAGGAGGCAACUCAGACGAGCGCUGCCGGGCUGCUGUCGAGACCCUGCGUGACGUAGCGCUCAGCUACCAUCCAGAAGUGCUACGCUUGCAUAACCGUGCUCGCCAUGCCUUCGAUACUGGGGAUGAAGAAGGGGCUUUGAUCAGCUUUGCUUUGCUCUCAGAAUUGGGCGCCAAGAAUGCACACACCAAUGCGGCAAGCCUCUGGAAGAAGGGAGAGAAGAACAGCCUGAAGUGCUGGAGGCAAACAUCGGUUGAUCCUUCCGGACGGCUUUGCGAGCUGGAUUACAGGCGAAGGGAGGCCCUCACAGGGAAUGUGGACGCGAUGCUACGCCUGGCCUCUUUGCACGAGCAUUUGGGGGAGAAGACCCAGGCGCAGCACUGGAUGCGCCAAGCCGGUGAAGCGGGCAGCGUCCAGGCCAAAUACAGCAUGGCCUACCUCCAGGCCAACGGGCCAGGCACACAAGAUCGAGUUGGAGCUUGCACAGAGUAUUGCAAGCUCUUGAAGCUUCAAGAUGAGCCGCUAAUUGCACGAGGUCUGGCACUCUUUCAGGUGAUUCGCCUCAAGUUUUAUCUUGGUGAAGCCUGUUGUGAUCUUCCAGCUGCCGACGCACUGGUGCCAUCCAAGAGCACGAUCUUCGCGAUUUUUGCAAGCACAACUGCAGCAGCUGUUUGCUUGGGUCUUACAUGGUGGACGUGA